AUGACGGCCAAACCCGCAUCCGCGGUGGUGAAUGUGGGAGCUCCAAACCAAACACUAUACUGCACGAAUCUUCCAGAUAAACUUAAAAAGCCAGAUUUGCGACUAGCCCUGUACACCCUCUUCUCAACCUACGGCACAGUCCUCGACAUUGUCGCGAUGAAAACGGCAAAGAUGCGCGGUCAAGCUCAUGUUGUAUUCAGAGAUAUUCAAGCCAGCACUCAAGCUAUGCGAGCAUUACAGGGUUUUGAGUUCUUUGGCAAAGAGAUGAAAAUCGUGUAUGCGAAAGGCAGUUCGGAUAUAAUAGCAAAGCUCCGAGGUACAUAUAACACAACAGCCACCGCACCGGCGCCUGGCGUAUCUACCGAACUUCAAAAAUCCAUAUUCAAUGCUCCCCCUUCGGCUGUGGUUUCCGCUAGUACAACGGUACAACCUGUCGCAUCCGAAUCGCAACCAACGAGCGAGGGUCAACAGGGCGUCAAACGACCCCGUGAAGAAGACGAGAGUGAAGGCGAAGCACCGAUGGAGGAAGACGAUAGUGACGUCUCUAUGGAAGCGUCAUCUGAUGAAGAUUAA